AUGGCACAGUGGGGUGCCUUGUUCUCAAUAAUCGCUGCUCUCGGAGGAGCGGCGCUCUUAGCAUCCGUGCACAAGAUCGAUGAGGGGCACACUGGUUACUACAGGGGAGGGGCCCUCCUGACCACCACCAGCAGCCCUGGUUUCCAUCUGAUGCUUCCAUUCAUCACCACCUACAAGCCUGUCCAGACGACGCUGCAGACAGACGAGGUGAAGAAUGUACCGUGUGGAACGGGUGGAGGAGUGAUGAUCUACUUUGACCGCAUCGAAGUGGUGAACUACCUCGUUCCAUCAGCAGUGUACGACAUCGUGAGGAACUUCACGGCAGACUAUGACAAAGCUUUGAUAUUUAACAAGGUCCACCAUGAGCUCAACCAGUUCUGCAGUGUUCACUCGCUGCAGGAGGUCUACAUCGGCUUGUUCGACCAAAUUGAUGAAAACCUGAAGUUGACACUACAAGAGGAUCUGACUGCCAUGGCACCUGGACUCAUCAUACAGGCCGUCCGUGUCACAAAACCCAACAUCCCAGAGAGUAUCCGCAGAAACUACGAGCUCAUGGAGAGCGAGAAGACGAAGCUGCUCAUCUCUCAACAGACACAGAAGGUUGUGGAGAAGGAGGCGGAGACCGAGAGGAUCAAAGCAGUGAUAGAGGCUGAGAAAGUGGCACAAGUGGCAGAGAUCAAGUUUGGACAGAAAGUGAUGGAGAAGGAAACGGAGAAAAAGAUCUCUGAAAUUGAAGAUCAAGCUUUUGUGGCGCGGGAGAAAGCCAAGGCAGACGCAGAAUAUUACACAUCCCACCGAACUGCUGAGGCCAACAAGAUGAAGUUAACCCCAGAGUACCUGCAGCUCAUGAAGUACAAGGCCAUCUCGUCGAACAGUAAAAUCUACUUUGGGAAUGACAUACCACAAAUGUUUGUGGACUCUGGUUCUGCAGGGAGCUCUAUCAAGGCCUCUGCAGCCCUGGACGUUGUUGGUGAGCAGAUCUUGGACCUUGAUUAGGAAAGAAAGUAGCAGACUCACAAGACCACCCAGGAGGGGAGGACUAUCUGUUAGAGGGAAAGAGCAGGGCCCUCAAGCUGGAUGGACGCUUCUUCCUCUGACGCUCUGCUGCCUGUAAUCCUCAACAAUCUCAGAAUCAAAAGCUCAUCUUUGUGAGGGCAAAGGACUUUCAUUUUUUUAGGCGUCCUGUGCUUCUACUCUGUACUGUUCUUAUGUAAUUAGAUGGAGGAACCAAACAUAACAAACCUUAAUCAUCAUCUCUCCUUUCAAACUGUUCUUUAACCAAAACAAUCAUUUCAAGGGACGAGUCAGCUCAGCUCACAUUCAUGUUAACCCACAACAUCAGGGAUCACAAAUCCACGACUGGAGGUGUGUCUUUAUUCUGUUAGAAGCCCAUGUGUUCUCACUGAGCAUUUGAAGCAGCAAGUGAUCGAGUAAUCGUCUGAAUGAAGCUUUUAGAUGCUAUGUUGUUAACAAAACAGCAUCACGCUUCCUUUAGCUGCGUUGUUCUUGGUAACAUGCAUCGACUCAUCCCUCUGAGUCACUGUCGCUUUUCCUUUCAAGCUUUUAUUCUUGCAACUGAAGGACAGAUUUAUCAGCCAUUCGGCUCAUUACUUCUCCAAACACUGGGUUCUUGAUUUCAGAGGGACAACACAGCAGGGUUCUCGUUCCUCACCAGCCACUGUGGAUUGUGCCAGCUGAUAUGAUAGAGGUCUCUGGCUCAUGAAGCUUAAAACUUAAGGACAUGGAUGACAAUGCAACCAAUAGCGUGUUAACGUUUCAAGCUAACGCGCUUGGUGGAUUCAUAAACAAUAACACAAAAUAAGAAUGUAGGUUAAAUGACCGUGAUGAAACUGCAUCUUACCUGUACUGUAACGCAGAGCCAGUUAGCUGUUGAAUAAUCUUGUACCGGUUGGGUUGAGCCUGUUGGCUCUUUUUCAGAUUUUCAUGUUUGUUUUGAAACAGUGUGUCUUCAUGUUAGGAAAGAAAGAGCUGUUAUGUUGUAAACACCUGAUAUCCUUUAAGACCUGACUCAGCUGAAUGGGUAAAAAGGACACAUUUCUUUUGUAACAUCUUGAAGUACUGUGGCUGUUAGCAUGUCUGCUGCAGGUAGAUGUGGAUUCUCUCUGCAGCCCAGUGCUCAACACUCAAAGGCAAUCACUGUUCAAUGAAGAGGUUAAGCAAACCCUCAUCAGUCUGCAGCAACUUAAGGUUUGUUUGUGUUUUUUAAUGAGGCAGUUGCAUCCCUGGAAAAAGAAUCAGUUAAAAAUUAAUUUUAGGAAGUUGUGUUGUUUUCAGUGACAUAUUUUACAUUCCAGUCCAGGGCAGCUCUUCACAACUGAGAACAACUUGACAAGUCCAGGAGACAGAGAGUUGGUAAAAUGUUGAUAUUCUGCUGUAAAGAAGGACCAAAUAAACGUCACUCUCAGGCCGUGAUCUCUUACUCUGAACUGCUUGAAAAUAUAAACCCUGACAGGAAGCGUCUGCUGACACAGCGGAGGGGGACGAAUGUACUGUGUGGUAGCUCUGCUGCCUGCCAGAUAAAAAAACGUCACUCCGUUUGUUUAUGUUGUUUUUUAAUUCCAGCAUGGACGUGUUUAAUAAACUUUGAAAUCUAUGUAUGAAGUUUUGUCAGACAUAGCUGUGUAUUUAUGUAGCACUUUGUGUCUUACUCUGUACAUUUAGACGACAGUAUGUUGCUACUAGUAUCUGGUUUGGAUCAGCAGUUUGUUCUAAAGCAGUUAAAAGGAUUACGUCAGGUUUUAAUGACAGGGAAAACCACUCUGUACUCAGUCUCCACAACUAAACCAUAUAAAUGUCUAAUCUGAGUUGUACUAAAGACCUCUUUCUGCUAUGUUUAAUAACACGCUGUAACUCUUCCGUGUGUGUCCUGUAAGGGUUCUUACAGAGUAAUAAUCGCCUUAGAGACUUUUGAUAACGACGCAUUUCCCCAGAGGAGGAAGAGAUCGUACGUACUUCACGAUCCAGGUUGAUGAAACAUCAGAAAGGAGUGUGACUGAGCUCUACUGAGGAACUGGCUACAGAAAACGGGCAACCUGUGUUCAUCAAAAUAGUCUUCAAGAGACAUUUAUUCAUUCUUGAUGAGGACCAAAAUCAAUCAUUGUUUACCGUGUGAGCGCCUGUCUUCAUUCAUGGAUGACUGAAGCAUUCUUUGCAUAACUGUUGCACAAUGUCAAGUGUUGUCUCCAUGAUUUCAUUUAGAUUUUUGAGCAACUCAUUACAGGGACACGGUGUCAGACAGCACUGAAUGGCUGACCUGUUUUCCAAAGAACAGUUUUCUCAUCUUUAAACGACAUUCAGGCAAGUUUAAGCAUUAAUGCUUUAGCGUGAUGCUAUCUUUGGUUUAGCAAACAUGGUGCCGCAGUGAGAACAUAUUUGUACAGUCCGAAGCCAAAUUCCCUGUAAUUUAGUGGAGCCUCAUGUCGAGUAAAACAUUGAUUUAAUGCAGUGUUGUUUGGCAUCAGUCACUGUUUUGUUCUAAGGCUGGUACAGUCGUCCCUCAGAUUGACCUCCAGCUUCCAGAGUUUUACUGGAUGAUGAUUAAAACUUGAACUUAAGUCAAAUGUUUUUGCACUGAUUUCAGUUGUGAAUGUCUGAUCCAGAUGUUGUCGUUUGACAAUAAAGUACUGAUGGUUAUUCUUUGA